CCCUACGCUGGCUGCUUUGCACAGCAAUCAGAUCCUGACUGUCAAGAUGGUCUUCCCUAAGAUCAAUCAUGGCUUUCUUUCCGCUGACCAGCAGCUCAUAAAGCGGCGGCUCAUUAAGGGAGAUCAAGGGCAAGCUGGACCACCUGGGCCUCCGGGGCCACCGGGCCCUCCUGGGCCAAGGGGGCCUCCAGGGGACACAGGCAAAGAUGGGCCCAGGGGUGUACCUGGUCUACCAGGUGAUCCAGGGCAGCCUGGAGAAACAGGAGUCAUGGGACCUGAGGGGCCACAAGGGCUGAAGGGUUCACUCGGGUCUCCUGGAGUCCCCGGUGUUGAUGGACUGAAGGGGGAUGUUGGCAUCCCAGGAUUGGACGGUGUCCCUGGAAACAAGAAACUCUUUGUUUUUAACUUUUUCUACGCUUUUUGCCAUUUCUAUAGUUUUUUUUCCCCCAUUGUACUUUUUUGUACUUAUUGUUUCUCAUUCUUCUUUAGCAAUCAUACAUAUCUUUUCCUUCAUUUUUGCUGGAUGGUGAAAUGGGAGAGCGAGGUGAAAAGGGUGAGCCUGGAUUUCUCGGCCCCCAGGGAGAGCCAGGGCUGCCAGGACUCCCAGGAACUAAGGGGGAGAGAGGCGACCACGGGCCGCAAGGAAAGGGUGACAGAGGAGAACCUGGACCCCUUGGACCAAAGGGGUCACAAGGAGAGUCUGGUACACCUGGUCCUAAAGGGUCAAAGUAUGAAAGAACAUGUGAUUCUGAAUGGCAAUAAUGUGCAGGGUCCACCUGGGCAGAAAGGAGACCAAGGAGCCACUGAAAUCAUCGACUACAAUGGAAACAUUCAGGAAGCUUUACAGGUCAGUCAGGUUGUUACUUAA